AUGCGGAUCGAGGUCAGACCGGGGACGACGGAGUGUGUGCACGCGACGUUCGUGAGCGAUGACGCGGCGGUGUGCGAGAGGGAUGGCGUGGAGGUCCACGGACGAUUCGAGUUGAAGACGUCGGACGCGACGCGCGUCGAGGCGAAGGCGUCGGACGCGCGCGGAGGCGCGCUGACGCAGUGGACGUGGAGCGGAGGGUGGGGGGAGCGAAAAGAACAGGAGUUUGAAAUUCCGUCGAAAGGGUGUGGGACGUACAGCGUGUGUUUCGACGCCAAGGGAACAGAGGGUGGGAAGGCGGCGAUCGUGGAGUGCGAUUACUUCCAGGCGCUGCACGCGCCCGAGGCGGGGGCGAAGAGCGAGGAGUCGGAGAAGGCGAAGCGCGCCAAGGCGAAGGAAACCGUCAAGGAGGGGUUGAAAGCAUCGCAGAUGGAAGAUGUCACGUCCAAGGUGAGCGGAUUGAACGGAUGGGUGCAACAGUUGCGACAGGAGGAGCUGUAUUUACGAACGCGCGCGGAGAGACACAAGCUCACGAUCGAGAGCAACGCGCGACGCACGGUUCGAACGACCAUGAUCGAAGUCGUCGUCCUCGUCCUCGUCACCGCGGUACAGGUGAUUACCGUGCGCAAAUUCUUUGACGUGCAGACCGAUUCGCACGCGAGACGUCGCGCGCAGGGUUUCGAUUCCGUCGACGUUUCCGCCGGAUUCCGAAGCGCCACCAAAAUAGCCGGUCCGAUGGUCGGCGCGGCCGCCGAGGCCGCCCAACGCGGCGUCCGGGGUCUCAUCACAUCCCUCGGCCGUUCGUCUCGUUCGCACGAUCGCGCCUACCACCUCGGUUAG